UCUUCAUUCCGCUGCCCGCCAGCGAGCCGAUUGGACGGAAGUAGACGCUGCAUGCAGGUAGAUCAAUACCGGCUGAGUGGUGGGGAAACGACCGCGAUGUAAAUCGAGUUAUUCAAGACAUCAAUCCGGCUCAGAGGUGUAGGCUGACUGAAGGUCUAAUGGCUGCCAGCCGACUCUGCGUCUCCAUAUGAAGGGCUUCGUAUCAGAUUCUGUUUUUGCAGGAGAAACACUGGGUGACAAAUCCUUUGAAACCAACAUGGAAGUGGAAAGGUUGUUUCGGGUUUUGGUCCCGGGCUCUGUGACAUCAACGGACCCAGCACAGGAAUCCACUUGCCGAGACCAUCCAGCAUCAGCAUGCACCUUUGCCUUCUUCCCAAACUCAAGUGUGUUGAGCAAGGAAUUGGAAGUUGUUUCCUCACAGGACAGACAGCAGACGAGGCCUGAGAGGCCAUGUAGAUGGCGGCGGCAGCCACGGAGAUGGGACUUCUUCCAGGCACCAGGUCUAGAUCCAUGGCCCUCCUGGCGAUGAAGGUCGCGCCCAUCUGCACUUGCUUGGGCAGGCCCAGGUUGGAGCAGAAGCGGGACAUGAAGUCCCCCGAUCCAAUGAGCCAUGUUCACCCUCACUGAGGUUGCAUCUUUGAACGACAUCCAGCCAACGUACCGCAUCCUCAAGCCAUGGUGGGAUGUCUUCAUGGACUACUUGGGCCUGGUCAUGCUAAUGCUGGCCAUAUUUGCCAUGACCAUGCAGAUCACCAAGGACCAGGUGGCUUGCCUCCCUCAUCUGGAGGAGUCGCAGGAGACGCCGGGCUCCAAAUCCGAUUCUCACUCCACUGGCUGUGGACUGGACGCGGCCGUGACGGAAGCCCCUUCGGCAGCUACUCCUUCUCCAAUCGAAACCCCCUUCCCAUUAAUAACUGACAACAUGCCUGACAUGGCUGGGGAUGAAAUGUAUCCGACUCGGCAACAAACAGCAGCGACAAGGGUCCAGUAUGUCAAUCAACCUCAGCCGACAGGCGUCAAGACCAAUCUGGACUUCCAGCAAUACGUCUUCAUCAACCAAAUAUGCUACCACGUUGCCUUGCCCUGGUACUCUAAAUACUUCCCGUACCUCACACUCAUCCACACCCUUGUCCUCAUGGUCAGUAGCAAUUUCUGGUUCAAAUAUCCCAAAACCAGUUCAAAGAUUGAGCACUUUGUUUCUAUUUUGGGUAGAUGCUUUGAGUCUCCUUGGACGACAAAAGCGUUGUCAGAAACCGCCUGCGAAGACUCGGAGAACAAACAGAGACUCACGAGCACAUCUGCAGCGCCCAAAGAGGUUUCUGCAGAAGGGAAGGAGGAAAGCUCCAACGCUAACUCGUCCGUACCGGCGCUGGGGGUGAAAUUCUCAGCUGAUAAGCCCAUCGCCGAGGUCCCCAGCAACAUGACCAUCCUGGACAAAAAAGAUGGCGAGCAAGCCAAAGCGCUCUUUGAGAAGGUCCGGAAGUUCAGAGCUCACGUCGAAGACAGCGAUUUUAUCUACAAGCUCUAUGUAGCACAGACCAUUGUUAAAACGGUCAAGUUCAUCCUCAUCCUUUCCUACACAUCCACCUUCUUGGUCAAGAUCAACUUCAGGCACGAUUGUGAGCCGGACAUCAAGGAGCUGACCGGAUACCGGAGGUUCUUUUGUACGCACAACAUGGCUUUCAUGCUGAAUAAGCUGCUUAUCACCUACAUGGCUUUAAUACUGAUCUAUGGCAUGGCCUGCUUGUACGCCCUCUUCUGGGUUUUCCGCCGACCCCUGAAGGAGUAUUCAUUCGAAAAGGUCAGAGAAGAAAGCAGCUUUAGUGACAUUCCUGAUGUCAAAAAUGAUUUUGCAUUCCUCUUACACAUGGUCGACCAGUACGACUUGCUGUACUCCAAACGCUUCGGCGUCUUCUUGUCUGAGGUGAGCGAGAACAAGCUGAGGGAGAUCAGCCUCAAUCACGAGUGGACCUUCGAGAAGCUGCGGCAGCUGGUGACCCGGAACGCGCAGGACCAGCAGGAGCUGCAUCUCUUCAUGCUGUCGGGCCUCCCCAACGCGGUGUUCGACCUCACCGACCUGGAGGUGCUCAAACUGGAGCUGAUCCCCGAGGUGAGGUUCUCCGCCAAGGUCUCGCAAAUGACCAGCUUGCAGGAGCUGCACCUGUGUCACAGUCCAGCCAAAGUGGAGCAGACAGGGUUUGCUUUUCUCCGGGACCAUCUCAGAUGCCUUCAUGUCAAGUUCACGGAUGUCGCUGAGAUCCCAACCUGGGUGUACCUGCUCCGCAAUUUGAGGGAGCUCAACUUAAUCGGGAACUUAAGCUCUGACAAUAACAAGAUGAUCGGCCUCGAGUCCAUGAGGGAUUUGAAGCACUUGAAGACCUUGUGCUUGAAGAGCAACCUGACGAAAAUGCCCACCAAUAUCACGGAGGUCUCACCUCAUCUGAUCAGGCUGGUUGUGCACAACGACGGUACGAAACUCUUGGUACUGAACAGCCUGAAGAAAAUGACCAACCUUGUGGACCUGGAGCUGCACACCUGUGAGCUGGAGAGGAUUCCUCACGCAGUCUUCAGCUUGAUCAACCUUCAAGAGGUGGACUUGAAGUCCAACAACAUCCGCACCAUCGAGGAGAUCAUCAGCUUCCAGCACCUCAAGAGGCUGACCUGUCUUAAGCUGUGGCACAACAAGAUCAUCACCAUUCCGUCGUCCAUCGGCCAGGUCAAGUCUCUGGAGUCCCUCCACCUCUCGCACAAUAAACUGGAGUCCCUCCCCCCGGCUCUGUUCACGCUGCCUAAGCUGCGGCACUUGGAUGUGGCCCACAAUUCCAUCACGGUCCUUCCCCCAGACGUGGGUCUGCUGCACAACCUCCAGCACUUGGCCAUCAACUCCAACAAGGUGGAGAUGCUGCCCAAGCAUCUGUUCCGGUGCACCAAGCUGAAGGCGUUGUGUCUGAGUCACAACGCGCUGACUCAGCUGCCCGAGACGGUGGGCCAGCUGGUCCAGCUCACUCAGCUGGAGCUCCGGGGGAACUGUCUGGACCGGCUGCCUCCGCAGCUGGGCAACUGCCGCAUGCUGCGCAAACACAACCUGAUUGUCGAGGACCAUCUCUUUGACACGCUGCCCGUGGAAGUGAAAGAGAGCAUCAGCCGAGAGUCAUUUCCAAGUGGCUUAUAGCACAAACGCCCCCAAAACAGUGGCCAAAAACAGGCUGGCAGCUCUGGUGGUCUAUUUUGUUUAUUAUUAUUAUUAUUAUUUGUCUUGUUAUGGUCAUAUAAAAAUGAAUGCAUUUCAAAUUUUGUUGAUCAAUUUAGUUCCAUUUGUUGACUAGACGCAGAUUGUUUUUUAUGACGUUGGCUUUUAGUAUUUUUACAACGGAAUAAUCUAGUAAAGUGUUAGCUUCUCUGUUUGAUACUUGACCAAAACUGUCCACUGGUACAACAUCCUUUUUCGGUACUUACUCAGGUAUAAUAAUUCCAAUGGGGAUCAGUUCUGUUUCUGUUUUGUUUUGCCUUAUUUACUGCAUUAUUUGUUUUCAGUCGGGGCAUGCAUGAGCAAAAGGCCAAAAUAUUGUGGAUCACGAUGCAAGACUCAAAUCUACGACUUAAAAUCCGACCUCUGUUUCUUAAUAAUGCGGCGAGGAGGCAAAGUCUUUGAGUUGCUGUUCUAGAGAUUGUAUUCCUCUGUUCAUUUGCACAUGUUCGACCUGAUCGUUUAAAAUGACUGAAUGUUCUUAGGGUAAACUCUUUCCUUGACCAGCAUUGACUAUUGAAGAUGAUUAUUUUUCACAAAAGCGUUUUAGAUCAGAGCUCUGUUGAUUCUCCCACGUGUCGGCAUCUUAAAGUAAUGCAUUGUUUCCUUGUAUCCAGUUUAUCUGUGUGUAGACUUUAAAACGUCUUCUGAGCUGCUGUAUCAUCUCAGUGUCUCGUGUUCAAAAUCCACGGGUUUGUUUCAAUAAAACACGAUUUGAAUUGAAGAAGAGUGUUGGCUAUUAUACAAGUAGUCAGUCAGUUGAGUGAGCCGUGACUCAC